GUAUGUGAGUGAGAGUGAGAGGGUGUGUGUGUGUGUGUGUAUGUGUAUGUGUGUGUCAGCCGUACCCAUCAUGGCCCCUGAGCAGCAGCUGAUCAGACGGACCGCCGCUCCGCCAUCCUCCUCCAGCGAGCAGCGGCACCGGUGAAGAGGCUCCAUGUGUCCCCCAUCCUCGGUCAGAUUUCUGAGCAAGAGGGCCGCGCUCCAGCCGUCCAGCGCGAACAUGAAUAAGGAUUAUUCCAUUAAUCUAUCGGUGCAGCAAGUGCUCAGCCUGUGGGUCCAGGGCACGGUACCGACCCUACAGCACUUCACAGAAAUGUGGUACUGGGUGUUCCUGUGGUGUCUAUUCUCGUCUCUGUUCAUUCACAGUGCCGUGGGUCUGCUGAUGUGUGUGACUCUGCAGCGUCAUAAGAGAGGACGGCUCAUCACACUGGUGCUCAUCAGCGUGGGGUUCCUGGCCUCUCUCACCGGCGGGGUCAUCACUAGUGCAGCAGUGGCAGGUGUGUACCGUGUGGCAGGGAAGGACAUGGCUCCUCUUGAAGCUCUGGUUUUUGGGGUGGGCCAGACCGCUCUCACCGUCAUCAUCUCAUUCUCACGGAUCUUGGCCACUCUUUAAACGGACUGAAAGCAUCAUUGACUGACACACCCAACAGCCAAUCGGCCGGCAGAAGAGCCGGGGUCGAGGUGAGUGGGGUUUAACCACAGAGG